AUGGCAGACUCGUCAGACAGCUCCGCAACGCCUAUCCGCAUCCACCAGCCGUCGCCGCUCGCCGCCGAGUUCUCCUACUCGCCCAACACUUCGCUCCUCUCAUCGUCCUCGCCCCAAUCUUCGCGACAGUCGCUCGAGCUCGAGCGCCAGUACGCGGCAGCGAAGCGUAGCGAGGCACACGAAGAUGCAGAAGAGCUGCGCAACUUCCGCAUGCUGGCGCUGGAGCGGCAGAAGGCUUCGGGAGGUUCAUCAGGAGCGGGCGCUCAGGCGGGACUGGGCGGCGCGUUUGAGCCUUUCGUUGGGUCGAGGGUGGGCAGCCCGAUCCCUGACAAGCAUGGCCUGGGAUGGCCAGGCAAGGGUACCCUCGCUCGCCUGAACGCAACUCCUGAGGAGCGUACUGCCCGCGAACAGAAGCUCGCGGACGCUGUCAAGGUUUUGCUCGAGUGCAUUGGCGAGGAUCCCGAACGAGACGGCUUGAUCAAGACCCCGGAGCGAUACGCGAAGGCUCUUCUCUGGAUGACCAAGGGCUACGAGGAGCGCUUGCCAGACGUGAUCGGAAACGCCAUCUUCGCCGAAGACCACGAGGAAAUGGUCAUCGUCCGCGACAUCGACAUCUUCUCGCUCUGCGAGCACCACAUGGUGCCCUUCUCCGGCAAGGUCUCCAUCGGCUACAUCCCGAACAAGUUCGUCCUCGGCCUCUCCAAGCUGGCGCGAAUCGCCGAGACGUUCUCGCGACGUCUGCAAGUGCAAGAGCGCCUCACGAAGCAGAUCGCGACGGCUAUCGACGAGGCUAUUCGGCCGAUGGGUGUUGCGGUGGUAAUCGAGGCGACUCACCAGUGCAUGACUAUGCGCGGCGUGCAGAAGCCCGGCGCGACCACCAUCACCUCGUCGAUGCUCGGCGCCUUCCGACGAAGCGACAAGACCCGCGCUGAGUUCAUGUCGCUAAUCCGCACGCCGCAGCGGUAG